CAAAAAUGAAUAGAAAAAAAUUCUAUAAGAAAGAAACUCAGACUAGGUUCCGGUAUGGAACAACUACUGUUUAUUACAAUAAGUUUAUUCUGAUCACAAGCAAACAGCUAUGAACUACCAACUUGUGACUUUACUAGUUCAAACUCUAACCUUUUAAAAUUCCUAUAUACACAUAUAGCUGCACAGAGACAACCAAGAAAACAUUGGUUUUAUGGAUGGAGAGAAUGAAAAUGGGAACCACAGAUCAAUAGGACCAGUCCGUGGGAGAAAAAUACCAACCAUUUGUACAAAAUGGCAAAUGUAAAGGGAACAUACACUGCAAAAUUCAAAAUUACUACCCAGGCAAUACAUCCAAUUGCAUUUUGUAACGAGCAUUCAGCCUUUUUAACCUAACCUGCAAGUACAACUCUAGUUUGUGAUGCACUGGCAUAAGCCUACCAGUAGGAUGUCUUCAUUCAUUUCCCGUUGAUAAUUUAGACUGUCUUUUGCUAGCUUGUGACACUGUUCCUGGACUUGCUACCCACCCCAAAUCUGCCACUGACCCAUGACCACCUCUCUGCUGUGCUUCCUUUUUCAGGCUUGUGGUUUCAAGGUCCCAUUUACAGUUGAAAUGGCUGAGCAUAGGACAUUUGGUGCAAAGUGAACAAGCAUGAUUGGUUGUACACCUACUUUCAUCAUACGUGCAUGCCAAGCAGGAGAUUACCAAAAUGCCAGAAGAAUUGUUGCCAGUGGGACAAUGGAGUUAGUGAUGGUAGCAUUUGAACAGGCUAUUCACUCACUGUCUAAUGUCUGCCUGCUUUUUGCCAGUGGUCAGGUGGUUUAUGUCAUCACUGGUUCAUUGACUUGCAGUAGUUUGAUAUGCCUUGUACUACUGGCUCUCAUUUACCUGGCAUGCUGGCAGGUCUAUGCCAGCUACCUUAGGGAGAGGAUGGAAACAGACAUGGCGCAUAUAGAGGAAUAUUAUCUGAAACCACCUGGAGCUGGCUUCUGGGUAGCAAUGGAGGAAGAGGGAGCUGGGGAGGUGGUAGGUACAGUGGGAGUUAAGAUGGAGCCUGGGGACCCACACUCCUGCCAGCUCUUCCGACUUUUUGUCGAUCAGCGUUUCUGUCGGCAUGGACUGGGCAGGAGGCUGACCCAAAAGGUCCUGGAUUUUGCCAAGCACUAUGGUUACAGAUCCUACCUCUUGAAGACCACCAGUGUCCAAGAACCAGCCAUUUGUAUGUACCAGAAAAUGGGCUUCCAGAUUCAAAGUUCCAGCCCUGUGCCAGGUCCUGUGCUUCUGCGCUUCUGAGCUUGUUAUCCAAAAUUUCAGUGUAUGAAUUGGAAAAGAAUCUGUGAUUGGCAUCCUUGAAUCAGUUGAACUGACAUCCAUCCCUACCCAUCAACGCAGCUCAAUGCAUAGUAAACAAGGCAGAUAUGAGCACAGGAACACCGUUCGGCUCAUCAAACCCGCACUACUAUCAAUAUGAUCAUGGUUUAUUCUCUAUCACAAUGCCAUACUCCACCAUCUCCCCAUCCCUCUUAAUAUUUUUAGCCUCCAGUAACCUGCUUUUUUUUUUUUUUAAUCCUUUUAAAUACAUCCAAUUACACAAUCACCUGUGGUGGAAAAUUCCACAAGUUCACCAUCAUCAGAGUGGAAAAAUAAAUUUCUCUUAUCUCAGUCCAAAAUGGCCUAUCCUGUGUUCUGACAGAAUGACCCCCUCAUUCUGGACCAUCACAUCCGCUCCCUUCUCCUUCCCCUCCCCGGGUGCAGAAGAGGUUUACUAGGAUACUACCUGGAUUAGAGGGUAUGAACUAGAAGGAGAGGCUAGAAAAUCUCAGGUUGUUUUCUCUUGAGUGGCAGAGGCUGAAGGGAGACUUAAUAGCGGUCUAUAAAAUUUAGAUGCAUAGAUAGUCUUUGACUGUGAAGCCUUUUUCCCAGAGUUGAACUGUCGAAUACUAGGGGGCAUGUGUUUAAGGUUACAGGGGGGAAAGUUCAAUGGAGAUGUGA